ACACCAUAAUACGUGUUGUUCCCUCCUCGUGAAACUCCACCGCCACAAUCUUUGUGUUUUCCUUCUUUUGUUUUUCAAAGAUUUUUUUUUUUUUUUUUGGUUCUCUCCAAAAAUCGUGGUAAAAGAACCAAACUUGGGGGUUCAUCUUGUUUGUUUUUGUUCAUUAGCAAAAAAUAUUGUUCUGGGUUUAGGAUUCUGUGGAUCAAAAUGUGUGGAAUUCUUGCUGUUCUUGGCUGCUCUGAUGACUCUCAGGCCAAAAGGGUUCGCGUGCUUGAGCUUUCCCGCAGAUUGAAGCACCGUGGUCCUGACUGGAGUGGUAUCUACCAACAUGGUGAUUGUUACUUGGCUCAUCAACGGCUAGCCAUUAUCGAUCCUGCUUCCGGUGAUCAACCUCUCUUCAAUGAGGACAAGGCAAUCGUUGUAACGGUGAAUGGAGAGAUUUACAACCAUGAAGAGCUGAGGAAGAGUUUGCCGCAUCACAAGUUUCGAACCGGGAGUGAUUGUGAUGUUAUUGCCCACCUGUACGAGGAGUAUGGGGAAAAUUUUGUGGACAUGUUGGACGGUAUGUUUUCUUUUGUGCUGCUGGAUACCCGUGACAACAGCUUCAUUGUCGCCCGUGAUGCGAUUGGGAUCACUUCCCUUUAUAUUGGAUGGGGUCUUGAUGGCUCGAUUUGGAUAUCAUCGGAGCUCAAAGGAUUGCAUGAUGACUGUGAACAUUUCGAGUCAUUUCCACCUGGUCACUUGUACUCGAGCAAGGAAGGUGGACUAAAGCGUUGGUAUAAUCCUAUUUGGUUCUCUGAGGCUAUUCCAUCAACCCCAUAUGAUCCCCUUGUGCUAAGGAGGGCUUUUGAAAACGCUGUGAUCAAACGGCUGAUGACCGAUGUGCCUUUCGGUGUUCUGCUGUCCGGCGGCCUUGAUUCAUCACUUGUUGCCUCUAUCACUGCUCGCUACUUGUCUGGCACAAAGGCUGCCAAGCAAUGGGGAGCACAGCUCCAUUCUUUUUGUGUGGGGCUAGAGGGUUCACCUGAUCUGAAGGCUGGAAAAGAAGUUGCAGAUUAUUUGGGUACAGUUCAUCAUGAAUUUCACUUCAGCGUUCAGGAUGGCAUUGAUGCCAUAGAAGAAGUUAUAUACCAUGUUGAAACAUAUGAUGUUACAACAAUAAGAGCAAGCACCCCUAUGUUUCUUAUGGCACGUAAAAUUAAAUCACUGGGGGUGAAGAUGGUGAUUUCUGGUGAAGGUUCUGAUGAGAUUUUUGGUGGGUAUUUGUACUUCCACAAGGCCCCCAAUAAGGAAGAGUUCCACCGCGAAACAUGCCGAAAGAUUAAGGCACUCCACAAGUAUGACUGCCUUAGAGCAAACAAAUCAACAUCUGCAUGGGGAUUGGAAGCUCGAGUCCCCUUUUUGGACAAAGAAUUCAUUAAUGUUGCAAUGGCUAUUGAUCCAGAGUGGAAAAUGAUAAAGCCAGAAGAAGGGCACAUGGAGAAAUGGGUUCUAAGGAAGGCCUUCGAUGAUGAGGAGCAUCCCUAUCUGCCAAAGCACAUUCUGUACAGGCAGAAAGAACAAUUCAGUGAUGGAGUUGGCUAUAGCUGGAUUGAUGGCCUCAAAGCCCAUGCUGCUAUGCAUGUGACUAACAAGAUGAUGCUCAAUGCUGAACACAUUUACCCCCAAAACACUCCCACCACAAAGGAAGCCUACUACUACAGGAUGAUUUUUGAACGUUUUUUCCCCCAGAACUCAGCCAGGCUAAGUGUCCCAGGUGGAGCAAGUGUAGCCUGCAGCACAGCCAAAGCUGUUGAGUGGGAUGCUUCAUGGUCCAACAAUCUUGAUCCUUCUGGCAGGGCUGCUUUAGGAGUCCAUCUUUCAGCUUAUGACGACCAGGUGCCCUCUGUCAGCACUGGGAUGCCACAGAUUAUUGAUAAUGUGCCUUUGAAGAUGGAAGUUAGCACUCCAGGAGUUACAAUCCAAAGCUAGCAUGCCUGAUGUAGGACACAGUCUUUUAAACCCCUGCUGGUGUAAAAGGGAGUACAUAAUAUUAAGAAAGUACUCCUAUGGUGUUUUAAAGAUGGAUGUGUCAUCAAAAUGUUGUACAUUUUCUAGUACAUGGUUUAGAAGUGUGUUAUCAAUAUGAACUGUUUCUAAUAAAAUUUGGGAAAUCAAUUCCUUCUUUCA